CUCCCCCCGUGCUUUCUCCUCGCGCCCCUGUCCGUGCUCCAUUCCUCCCUCCGCCCCCGGCCCUACCCACUCAGAGAAGGGAAUCGCUCGCCUGCCCCCGUGCAUAUGUCAGCCCCUCCGCCGCGGAAGAGGACCCGGUCCUCCACCCAGGCGUCAGCGCAACCGGCGCCACCCCCUCCUCCCCCGGCCCCCCCUGCGGCCCGGGCGCCGUCUCCCCCUUCGCCGGCCUCUCCGCGGGAGGAUUCGCCCGACUCGCUGGAGCUCCUGUCCCCGGAUUCGGUCAUCGUCUCGGACUUGCCGAAUGUCCGCAUGAAGGAUCUCACCCCGGCCGAGCAGCAGGAGCUGAUCCUCCUUCGCAAGAAGCGCAAGCGCGAGCUCGAGCGCCGGCGCCGCAUUGUCCGCAAGAAUGCCCUGAUCCUCGAGCGCAUCCAAUCGCGCGCGGCCGUCACGACCACCAGCACCAGCACCCAUCCGGAGGCCGAACGUUCGGCUUCUCAAGCGGGGCCAGUGGCCUCGAUGGCUGCCCCGCGUCGCUCUGCCCCCAUGCCGGACACCGAUGAGAGACCGGCCGGCUCCAACGGGCCCACCGGCGCGCCGGCUUCCACCCGUGCCGGGUCAGCCCGCGGGUCUCGGGCGCGUCCUGGGCGUGCCAAUACCUCUGCCCCUGCUGCCAAUGUCGCCUCCUCCGCUGGCGGUGCCUCCACCGGCACAACGGCUGCCCCCACCUCGGGAGCCGCUGCUGCUGCUCCUGCUGCUCCUUCUCCUGCUGCUGUCGCUGCCGUUUCCAAACACCCAUCAGCAGGGACCUUUGUUGUCCCCCCGGCCGAUCAUCUGGCCGAGGCUCGAGCACGCGCGUGUGGCUCUGACAUCCUAGAUGUCCUGGCGCGUCGCGCUCGUGGUCUGCUUCCCUCUGGACGGCCAGUUACAACCUCAGUUUCCUCCCAGGCUCCUCGCUAUUCCUGCCAGGAUGGCCCUUCUGGCCUGUGCUUCUGGCGCGGCCACUCCCUAGAACGUGGGGCCAUUGUCACUCUUUUGGCCUAUCCCCCGGCGACCGGGGAUUCCGACAUGGACUUUGGCAUUGGCAAGCCCGAUGAAUAUUUGGCCCGAGUGCUGACGGUCGAGCCCUGCCUUCGAGGCCUAACCGGCCGCCCCGGGCCCUCAUGUGUCCCUGCUCCGGAACACUUGAGCUACAGCCAGGAGGACACCUAUCCACACCAUCCAUGUGCACACUUCCGAUUUCGGUGGCUGGUUCCCCAGCCCGAGGCAGACCUGAGCCGGCAUCUUGUCGCCGACGGGUCUUUGGUGUCCGUGCCAUUGGCCGACUUUCGCCAGGGCCCAGUCCAUCCCGGGCGCCUGCCCGUUUCUCGCAUCCGCCGCAUCGUGCAAUUCCCCUCCUGCCAUGUAGACCGGCCCAGUGCCACCUGGCCUGAUCGGGGGCCCAUUCCCGAGCGCUGGCGUGGCACCCCCAUGCGCUAUGACCCGUUGGCCAUGCUGUUGACCGCUGCCGAGGCUGACUCCACCGACUCCAGCCCCGGGACCGGUGGCCCCGAUGGCCAUGCUGGGGACGGCGACCCGCGCCCCUUCAGCCCGCGGCACUUUUAUACCUCCUACUCGACCAUCCGCGAGCGGAUGAUCCGCGAGGCCGCAAGCAAUCCCAAUCAUCCCUCUCUUCGGAUAGGUGGCUCAGCGGCUGCCGGGUCCUCCGGGUCACCGAGUGGCUGAUACUAGACAACGCCCAUUUCCCUCCGA